UCCUUAGCUACUAACGCUUCGUCAUCCCACUCAGAACAGCCGAAGGAAAAGAGGACUUAUAAGUAACUCGUUUGUGAUGCGUUUGUAGACGUUUGGAGCCCCAAGAAAACCCUAGUGCUUUUAUUCGAAAAGAAAAUAUUAGGCAUCUACUCGGCUUGCUCGACUUUCUCUAUCGCUCUCUUCUAUGAGAAUUUCAGCGUCGUUCCGGCUGGCCCUUUUUUAGUUGGUUUAGUGAAAACGUUUUUUGGUAAACUCCAUUUGGAAACGGGUGGCGUAAAGAGUCUGACUGAAAAGUUUUCGUCUUGGUGUGGACACGGAGGCCUAUUUUGUUGGAGAAGUUAAAGUUCGGAAUGUCUCUCUCGGUACCUCAGAACGGUCUGAAGGGGGAUAAUGAGCCCGUCAUCGAGCUCUUUGUUAAGGCGGGGAGUGAUGGUGAGAGCAUUGGAAACUGUCCUUUCUCUCAGCGGCUCUUUAUGAUCUUGUGGUUGAAGGGUGUGGUCUUCAACGUGACUACUGUGGACCUGAAGAGGAAACCAGCAGACUUGCAGAACCUGGCCCCUGGAACACACCCCCCGUUCAUCACCUUCAACGGAGAGGUCAAAACGGACGUCAACAAAAUCGAGGAGUUCCUUGAGGAUGUUCUCAGCCCACCUAAGUACUCUAAACUUGGUGCCCGUCACCCAGAGUCCAACACUGCAGGGAUGGACAUUUUUGCCAAAUUCUCUGCCUACAUCAAGAACUCCAAACCAGAUGCCAAUGAAGCACUGGAAAGGGGUUUGCUGAAAACACUACAGAAAUUGGAUGAGUACCUCCGCUCACCUCUCCCAGAUGAGAUUGAUCACAACAGCACAGAAGACAUAAAGGUGUCCAGCCGCAAGUUUCUAGAUGGAGAUGAGAUGACACUGGCUGACUGCAACCUGCUGCCCAAACUCCACAUCGUGAAGGUGGUGGCCAAGAAGUACAGAGGCUUUGAGAUCCCCAAAGAUAUGACAGGCAUCUGGAAAUACCUGAGCAAUGCCUACACACGUGAAGAGUUCACUAACACCUGCCCUAGCGACAAAGAGAUUGAAAUUGCUUACGCUGAUGUGGCCAAGAGGCUUGUCAAAUAGUUCCUCAAGCUCACAAAGCCACCUCCCUUCACUCCUGACCCCCCUCCUCGCCCCCCCUCCCUGGCACUGUUUGGGACUGAUUCCCUGACUUUAUGAAGAAGAGAAAACAAAAACUAUGGACUGCUUCUUUUUCUUUGUUUCCAUUUAGAGGAACCCAAUGCAUGAUUCCCUCCCCCUCUUUAUUUCUUUUAAAAUAUCAUGUACUUUGUUAAUGCCGCUCGGAAUUUAAGGUCAAUGACUGCUGGCUUCAUAUAUAGACUCCCUUCCCAUAUUGAUUUUUUUUUUUUUUUAAGUUGGUGUGGUAAUGUAGAACAUUCUAGAUGCUGAUGCUGUUUCAGAGCUUAAGAGUGAGACUGUGUGACCUAUCAGUUCAGCUGAAGAAUACACACAGACAUACACAAAUGCACACACACACCAAGCUCCUAACCCGCCCCUCUAACCAACCGUAUGUAGCAUUUGAAGGAUGAGGUUACCAGCUCUCUUUAAAUACUGAUUUGACAUUGAGAUGCUUUUUAUAGGCUUGCAUUAAUAGAUUUCUGAAGUUCUUUUUAUUUUUUUGUUUUUUUGUUUGGUGAACAGUGUUGCAGGCUGUAGCAUUUUAUGUAGAGUUGUUACAUUAUUUUGAGAAGCCAGAAUAUGAAUGACUGUGGAGACAGAUGAUGAAGCUCUCAAAGCCUUCUCUCUUGGCUGUCAAACACAGUCAUGCCACUAAAUAUGAGGUAUCUGUGUAUUACUUUGUCAGUU